AAGACUUAGAAAAAAUAAAAAGUGGAAUUCAGAGCACCACCCAAUUGUUUUGAAACCUCAGGCGGACAACAAUUCAUUAAUAUCAUAUAUCUUCAGGUACAGCAAAUUAAAGAAAGUGAAAAGAGGAGAGGAUCAGAGGGAGAUCAUGAUCUGGGGUUCAUCAGAUCAUGAUCUGUCUCCUUCUCAAAAUCCCUCCAACAACAACGCAGCAGCAGCCUCAUCCCAAUCCCAAUCCCCAUCCUCAUCAAUUAUGGAGCCCAUAUCCUUCAAAUGUUUCGUCGAACAAAAUCUGGGCAGAUCUGCACUUUUCCUUAUAUAUUCUGUUCUUGAAUUUGUGAUGAUCGUUUUGCUUUUGGUUGAUGGCUUCUUGGCCUUCUUUUCCUAUGAAUUCGCUAAGUUUUUCGAAUUGAAAAUGCCUUGCUUCUUUUGCACUAGAAUCGAUCAGGCUUUGGUCCACAGGAACUUGAAUUACUAUUACAAUGAUACCAUCUGCGAGUCCCACAAAAGGGACAUUUCCUCCCUUUCCUAUUGCCAUGUCCACAAGAAGAUUUCUGACAUCAAAACCAUAUGCGAGAACUGCGUUCUCUCCUUUGCACCUGACAAGGAUGCCCCCGAUUACUAUGCCGAGGAUAUUCCUGUUAAAUCCCUCAAUGUUUCCAGGUGUUCUUGCUGUAUGCAAUUUCUCAGGGGGGAAAAAUACACCAGGGACAUGUCACAGGCCCCGCCUCCCUCCCCGAAGGCCUGGAGAAACGACGAGGGUGAGGAUGAAAAUAAUGUCAGCAAUCCAGAUGAUAACAGAUCCUCCGAGGAGGGGCUAUCCCUAGAAGAUUCAUCAUGCAAGACGCCUAGUCAUAGAGGAAACAAGUUUUUUGGAAUCCCAUUGUCAGAUAGUCCUAGGGUUUCCAAAAAGACCAGAAACAUGUCAAUUGAUUAUUCUAAUAAUAACGAUGUGUGUUUGAACGAAGGCGAUGGAGGCAUGAUUCAGCACUUGAAGAGACAGGUUCUUCUGGAACGGAAGUCUAUGGUGUCUGUGUGUGUGGAAUUGGACGAAGAGAGGAACGCAUCGGCCAUUGCAGCCAACAAUGCAAUGGCAAUGAUUACACGGCUGCAGGCCGAGAAGGCUUCGAUGCAAAUGAAGGCGUCGCAGUACCAGAGGAUGAUGGAAGAGCAGGCGGAGUACGACAGGGAAGAGAAGCAGAUACUGAAGGACAUGAUUUUGAAGAGAGAGGAGGAAAUUGAGGUUUUGGAAUCUGAACUGGACGUGUAUAGAGAAAAGUUUGGACCUAUAAACCUAGCGUGCAGUGAAUUCUUCGAGAUUGAAGGCGAAGGCGACGAUGAAUUUCACUCCCUCAAAUUCCAAUCCUUAUCAUCCUUUGGUGAAAUCUCGUGCUUUAAUGAUGUACUAGAUCAUCAUGAAGUGUAUUUAGAUUCUGACAAUGACAGAUCCCACCAUUCCGCCUUGCUCACAGCCAUUCCUGAAACCAAAGAUUCAUCUCCUCCAUCACCACAAAAAGCUUUUUGUCAGGGAGACGAUGAUGAUGAUGAGGAGGAUGAAUCUCCUCCAUCACCUGAAAAACUAGUUUGUGAUGAAAGUGUAGGAACUGAGAAUAACGUUUUCCUGACAAGAGAAAGUUCGUUAAUGAAAGAGAGGGAGGAGACAGAAGAAGAAGAAGAAGAAGAAGAAGAAGAAGAAAUCAAGAGCUAGCUAAGGUAGCAGAAGAUGAGUGCAGCUAAAUGCAUGAAUACAUGAGCACUGCUACCACAUGCAUUAUAUUACAGAUGAGAUGAGAUCAGAGGGGAAUCGAAUUGAAUGAAGCGAUGGAGCAAAUUGAAAGCUUGAGUCUGUGAAGGCGUACGUGGGCGCCAGAUCAGAUUGAAACUAGCUUAGCAUGCAGUCUACAUGAUGAUUUUCCCUGGCCUUUUGAGGAGAUUCCAUAAUCCCUCUAUGCAAGGCAACCUAAGGGACCAAAUUAUUAAUUAAAUUAGGUAUGUCUGUAGGCAGUAGACUGUAUGUAGAUCGAGCUGCUAGACUGCACCAAUUUUGAAAAAUCUAAUAUAUCUCACAAUUCUUAAAUUAGAUAACUAA